AUGGAUAGUGAAUAUCAGCAGAUUUGGCACUGGCGUAGCCACUAUGGAGAGAUUCUCGGCGGACUGGGCACGGGCAUCGGUGAUGGCGACCGGGGUGUCAUCUGCGGCCGCGAAACAAGCUGCCUUGCCGCGAAGGACAUUGAACAUGAAGUGGACUGUGAUGCCGAGGACGCCCGGGGGUACGCCUCUGGUGCGGCCGCCGAUCAAGCAACGUCGCCCGUCACCGCCAUGCCCAUGGGGCCUCUGCUCCUUGACGGGCUCCGGCACGAAAACGAGCGGACGCCGUCUCCGCAGCUCGGACCCGGGUACGAGCGGCACGAGAUUGAAGGCAUCGGCGGCAGGGUCAAGCGCAAGCUGGUGCGCAUGGUGCGCGUCGGGGCCUGCGUGCCUGAGGGGGUCGACGAGACGGGCUUCGGCAACCGCAUACUCAGGCCCGAGGUCAGGGGCGAUGCGCGCAGCUGGUGCGGCUGGUGCUUGAGGGUGAUUCCGGGACGCAGUGACGUGGCGAGUCUCAGCGCCGACGCCCAAUGUACGGGCGGGCGACGCCUCCUGAGGGGCAGGGGUUGA